AUGGUCCCCUUCUACACUAAUGCUUCCCAGCUGCUCUGUGCACACGUUCCACGAGAAGACAUGGUGAAAAUGUCUAGGAAGCUAGAAAUCACCUCUACGCAAGGGAAAUGCUUGAAUGCAUUUAGCAUCGCCAUCUUUGCAGACCGGUAUCUUGCUGGCUGUCCAAGGUCCCAGAGAGACAGUCACUGUACUUAUAUCUACAUCUAUCUCUAUCUACAUCUAUAUCUAUAUAUCUACAUCUAUAUCUAUACCUAUAUCUAUAUCUAUACCUACAUCUACAUCUAUCUCUAUCUAAAUCUCUAUCUAUCUACAUUUAUUUCUAUAUCUACAUCUACAUGCUGCAGGAUCAUAGCUCCUCCUGCUUCUGGUGUCUGCCCCCUGUGGGUCACUGAUGGCAGGUCCUGUGGCCCGCUGGCCAAAUUCCUAAUGUGGGAAGCUGUCUGCACCUUCCCGGUCAGUGGGGGCAGGUCCUGUGACCCGCUGGUGGAAUUCCUAGUGUUGGGAGCUGUCCGCGCUCUUCAGGGACAGAAGGAGCAGGACCUGGUGUCUGCCCACAGGUCUGAAAGAGGCUGCCAGUGCCAGCCUCUAGAGUGGCAGCGACUGGCGCCCAUCACUGGAGCUCCUGUAGACAGUGUCUUGUUGCCUGGGAGCACUCACAGGGAAAGAAGUUCUUAUGGUGGUCCUGCCCCUCUCCUCGUGUGCUUCCCAGUAAUGGUGCCUUGCCUCUCUGCACAACUUUAUCCUGGAUCUCUUAUCAUUCAUCCUGCUGUGGUUUUCAAUCUGCAAAAGAGACAGAAGUUGUUACAAGGGUUAUAUAAAGAGAAGGGUAUCAUUGAAAAUAUGGGCUGGGUUAGCCUGGAAAAAGCCAGGAUUCGGAGGGAAAUAGCCAGAGCUAAAAUGCUUCUUUCCCUUGCCCCUCAUGAUGAACUUCUCAGAGCCAGGAACCCCCCUGCACAUCUGUCUGCUGCCAGGGCCUGGCAAGGAGUCCACGAGCCUGGGAAACUUGCCAUGUUUAUUCCUCUGCGAACUUCAGUAUCUGCCUCUGCCUCCCCGGGGGUUUCUGGGAAGCAGAAAGCUGGGGAGUCUGGUCAAGGGAGCACUGGCCCCCAUGUCAAAGGGCCCAGGCUUUGGGACAUGCGCCUUGUCACUAAUUAUCCAUGUGGCACCCUUCCCCAAAUGCAGGCUGGCUGCCUCUUAUUUUCUCAGGGAAAUGGGGAUGAAGGUUUGCUAUGCAGGAACAUGGCUCAGAAGGUGGCCAAAUGGCACACGACUCAGAGUGGCAGACCUGAGACACACCCAGGGCCGUGGGUCACAGCCUCUGUGGCAGGUGCCCCCAGCUGCUACUAUUCUGCACUGGAGUUCAAGAGAGAUGGUGCUGAAAUACUUGAAAUGUAUGUUUGUGUGCAUGUUUACACGUGUGUAUGUAUUCACAUGUGUAUAUAUGUGUAUAUAUAUCUAGUAUAUAUCUGUAUCUAUAGUUGCCUGAGGACGCAGCGGCAUCAGGUUCACGAGCCCUUGGCAUUAGGAGGUGCUGAUCUGGGGUGGCUCUCCUUCCUCACAGAGGUCCUUGGGGACCCUCCUAGCUCCUCCCUCAUGCUGGGGUCUCUUCCUCUCCAAGGAGUUGAACAGAGGCUGGCAAUUACACAGGAUUGUGGGAACUGUGAUCGUUUUGCAGACAUUAUUUUCUGGAUAUUUUUCCUCCCAUCUCCCGAAGAGAAAGGUUAUUAUUGCAAAGUAGAGUUUGAUUUGACAUCUGAUAGCAAGAUGAGAGUAUGUUAUCACCCUUCUGUGGAUGUUCCAUAUGAACACAAAAAACCUAUCCCUGGAUCAGAUCCUGUGCAUAAUAAUGAGGAAACACAUGAUCAAGUGCAGAAAAAAACAGAUGAGAAGGAAAAGACUGUGAUUGCUUCAGAUGCAGUUAUCAUCUGUGGGCAAGACAGGGAAAAGGAAGAAGAGAACCAGUGUGGAAGCCUAACAGUGGAAGAAGUGCCCACUCUUCCCCCACAUCUCAUUGGCUGUUCUUGA